GUCCAGACCACAUGCUGCUCAGGGACCUGAGGAAACUGGAUCAGACACAGAAGAGAGGGCAUCAAGGUUCAGGAAGACCUCUGUGUGACCAGUGGCAGCCCCAUCCCUCUAACUUCUUCGGAAGAGCCUCGGCCUGAUGGUGAGACGAAUGGGCUUGGGGGGGAGCCCGGGGCGGCUGAGGCACUGGGGAGACCCCGGCCCUGGCUCUGGGCCACCCCUGGUUUCCAUGCCACCACUGCUGCUGCCACCUGCUCCUCCAGGACGGGCACCUGGGGGAGGGAGGGUCUCUGUCUUCUCUCUGCCCUCUGUCCCCCAUACAAGAAGUUCUCCCUCUUCACUGUUCCCUGCGACCCCUGGGUCCCCGUGCUGGGGGCUGCAGGGGACAGGGGCUCCUCAGCCCUGCCACACAGCCCUGCCUAUCCCAGCCACCACUCCAAAACGGGCACGGCCUGCACCAGUGCCCAGCUCUGCUCCCUCUCCCUGGAGACCCCAGUCUGCCCCCUCCUUGGCCUCGUCUGCCCCCUCUCCCUCACACUGCUGCGCCCAGGACCCUCGUGGGCUGCGGAUAGGUCCUCUGGUCUCAGAGCAGGAUUAUGAGAGGCUGGAGGACUGUGACCCAGAGGGGUCCCAAGACUCUCCACUCCACGGGGAGGAGCAGCAGCCCCUACUUCACGUGCCUGAAGGGCUCCGGGGCUCCUGGCACCACAUCCAGAACCUGGACACGUUCUUCACCAAUAUGUAUAGUUACCACCGGCGGAACGGCUUCGCCUGCAUCCUUCUGGAGGACGUUUUCCAACUGGGACAAUUUGUUUUCAUCGUCACCUUCACAACCUUUCUCCUUCGCUGUGUGGAUUAUGAUGUUCUCUUUGCCAAUCAGCCCAACAACUAUACAAAACCCAGGCUGGGCCAGGGCAAAGUGACCUUGUCGGAUGCCAUCCUACCCUCUGCCCAGUGUGCAGAGAGGAUCCAUGCCAGCCCAUUGCUGGUGUUCCUCCUCUUCUUGGCUGCCUGCUACUGGCUGUUCCAGCUGCUUCGCUCUCUUCGCAGCCUCUUCAGCUACUGGGACAUCCGGGUGUUUUACAGGGAGGCCCUGCACAUCCCCCCGGAAGAACUCAGCUCUGCGCCGUGGGCGGAGGUCCAGGCGCGGCUCCUGGAGCUGCAGCGCAGCGGGGGGCUGUGCGUGCAGCCGCGGCCGCUCACUGAACUGGACGUGCACCACCGAAUCCUACGCUACACCAACUACCAGGUGGCGUUGGCCAACAAGGGUCUGCUGCCGGCCCGCUGCCCACUGCCCUGGGGGGGCAGCGUAGCCUUCCUCAGCCGCGGCCUGGCGCUCAACGUGGACCUGCUGCUCUUCCGCGGCCCCUUCUCGCUUUUCCGCGGAGGCUGGGAGCUGCCCGACGCCUACAAGCGCAGUGACCAGCGAGGCGCCCUGGCGGCGCGCUGGGGGCGCACAGCGCUGUUGCUAGCUGUCGUGAACCUGGCGCUGAGCCCGGUAGUGCUGGCCUGGCAGGUGCUGCGCGCCUUCUACAGCCACGCGGAGCUGCUGCGGCGCGAGCCCGGCGCCUUCGGGGCGCGGCGCUGGUCCCGCCUGGCGCGCCUGCAGCUGCGCCACUUCAACGAGCUGCCGCACGAGCUGCGCGCGCGCCUGGCCCGCGCCUACCGUCCGGCCACCGCCUUCCUGCGCGCCGCCGAGCCCCCCGCGCCCCUGCGCGCGCUGCUGGCCCGCCAGCUCCUCUUCUUCGCCGGCGCACUCUUCGCUGCGCUGCUGCUGCUCACCGUCUACGACGAGGACGUGCUCACCGUCGAGCACGUGUUUACCACCAUGACCGCGCUCGGGAUCGUGGCUACCGUGGCCAGGUGUUUCCUCCCAGAGGAGCAGGGGCAGGGGCGACCUCCACAGCUCCUGUUGCAGGCGGCGCUGGCCCACAUGCACUACCUCCCGGAGGAGCCCAGAGCUGUUGUCAAGGACAGCGACUAUCGGCAGAUGUCGCAGCUGCUGCAGUACCGAGCGGCUUCCCUCCUGGAAGAGCUGCUGUCCCCACUCCUCACUCCGCUCUUUCUGCUCUUCUGGUUCCGUCCUCGAGCGCUGGAGUUUAUCGACUUUUUUCAUCACUUCACUGUGGAUGUGGCCGGGGUCGGGGACAUCUGCUCCUUUGCUCUCAUGGAUGUGAAGCGCCAUGGCCACCCUCAGUGGCUUUCAGAGGGACAGACGGAGGCCUCCACAGCCCAGCGUGCUGAGAAUGGGAAGACUGAACUCUCCUUGAUGCGGUUCUCGCUGGCGCAUCCACAGUGGCGCCCCCCAGGGCACAGCUCUAAGUUCCUUGGCCACCUUCGGGGCCGGGUACAACAAGAUGCAGCGGCCUGGGGGGCCACCUCCGCUCGAAGCCCCCCAACCCCUGGGGUGCUCAGCGACUGCACCUCACCUCUGCCAGAUGCCUUCCUGGCCAACCUCUUGGUGAACCCUAUCCUGCCCCCGAGGGAUGUGAGUCCCACAGCUACCCGUCCAGCCGCUGCCACAGCCAGCGUUCUUGCCUCCAUUUCCCGAAUUGCUCAGGACCCCAGCUGUGUGUCCCCAGGAGGCGUCACGGGGGGCCAGAAGCUACUCCAGCUCCCAGAGCUGGCCUCUGCGGAGAUGAGUCUGCAUGCCAUCUACCUGCACCAGCUCCAUCAGCAGCAGCAGCAGGUGCUGUGGGGAGAAGCCUCGGCCUCCUCACCGUCCAGGGCCUGGUCUAGCCCCUCACAGCCAGCGUCGCCUGAUGAGGAGAAGCCAUCCUGGUCAAGUGAUGGCUCCAGCCCUGCCUCCAGCCCCAGACAGCAGUGGGGAAAGCUGAGGGCCCAGAAUCUGUUCCCUGAAGACUUUCAGAAGACCACAGACACCCAGGGGGAGCCUGGCCAGGCCCCUGACACCGACUGAGCCAGCGUCUUUGAUUCCUGGCUCCUGUAGGUGCAGCAGAUUGGACGGGGUGGCGUAGAAGGACACGAAAUGUCAUCUUUACGGAGAUGAAAGGCCCAGAUGCUUUCCUGAGACAGGACCUGGGGUUAUGGAGGAACUUGGCCCAGAGAACAGAGAAAGAAGCACCGACUGUGGCAGUGAGAGUCAAGUGUUGGAGACAGUCCCCACACAAAGGACUAAGAAGGGGUCACCUAUCCAAAUGCCUGGCUGUCCAGGAGAAGUUGCAUGGGAAAUCCCCAAGUAUCCUCAGAGUGCCAGGGCAGGGCCCAGGCAAUCCAUGGCACAUGGCCUGAGACCCAGGUUGUGUGCUGCUGACCCCCCUCAUGUUCACGGGGGCUUGGGGGAUGGGGCCUCGUAUGUGGAAAGACUCGAGGGGCUAAUGUUUGGGACUUUAUGGCUGCUGAGCAGUCUGCGGGAGUGGGCGUGCCUCACGCUGCGUGACAGCAGCAGUCAGAACUGCUCCCAUGUCCCAGAUGGCGCUUCUGGCAGCCGACGGCGCCACCUGCCUUUGCAAUAAAGCCCCAGGGAAGAACACAGGAGAACUGUCUGUGGUUGGCUGGAGGCUGUUUUUAUAAUGCUGGUUCAUGUGCCGUGUGUAGGACUUGAUGUUCAAGAAUUACCGGCCCCACAUCU